CCUUCUGAAAAUUCCAAUGUUUCCUCUGGCUCAGAAAGAAAUUUCUAUCAUCAAAAGUUUUCAGUUGCUGUUCACAAUUCAUGUUUUCUCAUGUUGUGUUCUGAUGGUUAUAACAUUACUGUAAUCGAUCUAUCGAAAGUACCAAAAUGUCCUCAAAUAAUCAAAUACUUUUCUCAAGAUAUAUUAUACCUUCUCACCGGUCACUUCAAUGACGGGCAAUCUGAAAGUCGUCGUUAUCCAGAUAUUGAUAAAGACCGUGAUGCACUGACUUUGACAUUUUAUAAUGUCGUUCAGGAUGAGCUAGACAUGAGUGAAUCAGACCGUAUAACCAACAUAAUAAGAGCAAAGUUUGUUUUAUUACAGACGUUAGGAAUUGCCACGUCACACUCGCACAAAUGGUCACGUGAUAUGUUUCCUGAAAUAAGUCUCAUUGUUUAUUGUCUAGAGCAGUUCAUCAUAUAUAUACUGCAGAAUGAAAAGAAUGUUGAUGCACUUUCUGAAGAUAUUGUGAAGUUUUUUAUUUCAUGUUGUGAAACAUUUCGAUGGGAUAUCGUUUACCAAAAUUGUCAACGUUUGCUCGUUUAAAUCAUUCAUCUUUUCAUUCAAUG